AUGGAACGGAUUGUCCGCCCUGUCGCUCGCCAAUUGCUCAGAUCUCGUCCUCGAUAUCCCUUCGCUGUUCCGCCGACUGUUUAUGCAAAGAGACUCUACACCAUGGGACACAGUGCGCCGCAGUUGAACGACAAGUCGCUCUUCAUUGAGAAGUCGUAUAUCAAUGGCGAGUGGGUUGGGGCCAAGUCCGGCCAGACCUUUGAGGUGCACGACCCGGCAUCCGGCAAGCUGAUCGGCACAUGUCCCGAACUGGAUACCGCCGACAUUGAGAAAGCCAUUGAGGCCGCCUCAGAAGCAUUCCCCAAAUUCCGAAACACACUGGCCCGCGAGCGCGCACGGAUGUUGCGGCGGUGGUACCAGCUCAUGAUAGACAACGCAGACGACCUGGCGAAGCUGAUCACAUGGGAGAACGGCAAGCCGUUCGCCGACGCCAAGGGCGAGGUGAACUACGCGGCAAGCUUCUUCGAAUGGUUCAGCGAAGAGGCGCCGCGCACCUACGGCGACACGAUCCCGGCCUCGAUAGCAGGCAACCGGGUGAUGACGCUGAAGCAGCCCGUCGGCGUGUGCGGGCUCAUCACGCCAUGGAACUUCCCAGCGGCCAUGAUCACGCGCAAGAUCGGGCCCGCCCUGGCGGCGGGCUGCACGGUGGUGGCCAAGUCGCCCGGGGAGACGCCGUUCACGGCGAAUGCGCUGGCGGAGCUGGCGCACCGCGCCGGCAUUCCGAAAGGCGUGGUGAAUAUUGUCACCGCGCACAAGAACACGCCGGCCGUCGGUGAGGUUAUCACGACCCACCCAGAGGUGCGCAAGGUGUCGUUCACGGGUUCGACGAAUGUCGGCCGGCUGCUCAUGAAGCAGUCUGCGUCGACUAUCAAGAAAGUCUCGUGGGAGCUGGGCGGCAACGCGCCCUUCAUUGUGUUUGACGAUGUCGAGGACCUGGACGCGGCGGUUGCCGGUGCCAUUGCGUCCAAGUUCCGUAGCUCGGGCCAGACCUGUGUCUGUGCCAACCGCAUCUACGUGCAGAAGGGGGUCUACGAGGAGUUCGCUAAGCGGUUCGCUGAGAAGGUCCGCGGAUUCAAGUUGGGUGCCGGCUUCGAAGAGGGCAUCACGCAUGGCCCUGUCAUUCACGAGCGCGCUGUCGACAAGGUCCACGAGCACGUCCAGGAUGCUGCUGCCAAGGGCGCUGAGGUUGUUAUUGGUGGCCAGAAGGCCUCGGCCUUGGGCCCCAACUUCUACCACCCGACCGUGCUGACCGGCAUGAGCAAGGAAAUGCUUCUUGCCUCGGAGGAGACUUUCGGCCCCGUGGCUGGUCUGUUCCCCUUCGAAACUGAGAAGGAGGUCGUUGACCUGGCCAACCGCGCCGAGGUUGGUCUCGCUGGGUACUUCUUCAGCGGCAAUGUGCGCCGUAUUUUCCGUGUCGCCGAGGCCCUGGAGGUUGGUAUGGUUGGUGCCAACACGGGUCUGAUCAGCGACGUUGCGUCUCCAUUCGGAGGUGUCAAGCAGAGUGGAUUUGGUCGCGAGGGCAGCAAGUACGGUAUUGACGAGUUUAUGGUCAUCAAGAGCGUGACCUUUGGCGGCAUGGGGGAGCCAUUGCAGGCAUGA